CCACGCUUGCUCGUACUAAUCGUCAUAGGUUCCGACGAACACCAAGCUCGUGAAAGCAAACACCACCGUCCUCGUAACCUCUCCAUGCGCCCGUGUUGAAACUGCGAUUGGCACGCUCUUUUGAGCAGCGCUCGUCACAUCCAUCGCGGAUUCGUCCAUUGAUCCUUCAUUUCCGCCAUAAUGCUCGGCUUCACGGCAACGCGCACGCAGAUCGCAACCUACUUGUUUGGCGUGGCGCUCUUCAGCAUAUCGUUCCUCGUCUUCCUGAACAGCAGCAUCUCCUUUGUGAUCACGCAACGCAUCGGACAGUCCCAUCACGUCGGCGAUGCAGUCGGUACACUGGGCUUUGCCGACGAACUCGUCGCACUCGUAGCUUGUCCUGCGUGGGGAUUGCUAAGCGACAGGGUGGGUGUGAGGACAGUGGUCGUCUGCGGGUACUCAAUCAUUGGACUGAGCUUGUUUGUGUUCAUGACGGCGAAAAGGGUAUAUCCCGAUCUUUUGCUUGCGAGAUUGCUAUUCAGUCUGGGUGCGACUGCGACGGCAACUAUGGUCACGGCUCUUUUGCCUACCAUGACCGUAGUGAAGAUUGUUCAAGACCCCCGAUCACCCUCCCGACGAGCCAACGGCACCUCGCAUGUAGUCACGCCGUCCAUAUCUUCCGAGUUGACGAUUACACCCGCGCGCUUCCGAUCCAGUUCGCCAAUAGAUGACAACACACUCGCAAGGAAAGAUACAGUAGCUUCAACAUCGCACCUUGCUGGCUUGGUUGGCAUGUUCACUGGAUCUGGAGCCCUGGUGGCGCUCCUUAUCUUCCUCCCUUUACCAACGCGUUUCCAGAACUCAGGCGCGAGUCCUGCCACAGCUGUCGCCGAUGCAUUCUACGUAGUUGGUGCGAUUGCAUUCAUAGUCGCAAUUAGCUGCUUCUUCGGACUGCGCAAGUUGCCUGGAGAGGAAGGUAAAACAUGGAGAAGAUUGGUGUAUAGUGACUCGCAAAAACAAUCUGGAACUUCCGCACCGAAUGAGCGUAUAUUGUCGUAUCCACGACUGUUCUGGGAAAGCAUUUGUCUAGGCUUUGCUUCUCCCACCAUUGGACUGGGUUAUGUAGGAGGAUUCGUCGCACGCGGAUCGUCGGUAGCAAUCUCGCUUUUCAUCCCGCUCUUUACAAACACGUACUUUCUGAACUCAGGACGCUGCCAUCCCGCGGACCCUUCCGACCCGGCAGACGUCAAGCGCAACUGUGCCGAAGCGUACAAGCUGGCCGCCAUGCUUACUGGGAUCAGCCAACUCAUCGCUCUUCUGUGUGCACCGCUUUUCGGCUAUCUCUCGGGGCGUUAUCGACGAUUCAAUCUUCCGCUGCUUGUAGCGGCCGCGGCAGGAAUAGUAGGUUACUCUGCUUUUGGGUCCCUUCAAAGUCCAGACCCUAGGAGCGAAAAUGGCUCGGGAGGCAUCUUCCCCAUCGUAUCUCUGCUUGGGAUUAGUCAAAUCGGCGCUAUUGUGUGUUCCCUCGCACUCCUGGGUCGCGGCAUCAACAACGAUGAGGCCUCUGGUAGUCACAACGCGGAUGAUACACUGUAUAGCAAUGGUCACCCUUCAGCCGGCGCGACACCGACGCGUAGUCCCGCCAUGACGCCCCUCUCAGAAGACGCACCGCUUCUCCCUUCUUCGCGACCAUCGUCUUCACCGGUUAACGCUCCCACGUCGCAUACCCAUCUCAAAGGCGCAAUAGCGGGCACGUAUAGCUUGCUGGGAGGGUUCGGCAUCUUACUGCUUACCAAAGCUGGAGGCGCAUUGUUCGAUUCCAGUGGCCCUGGCGCGCCUUUCUUCAUGAUGGCGGCAUUCAACGGGGUGCUGCUUGUGGUGGGUAUUGCCGUUGCUGUGAGAGACGUGUGGAGAGACAGAGGGAAGGAAAGAGCGUCGCACGAGUGA